CACAGCAGCUGCCAGCCAGACAUCAAUGGGCUUUCAUGCCAUGCCUGCUUGAUGGUGUGGCGGUCAUUUCAGCUCCAUUUCACAGCAGCAGCAUUUCAGAUACAGCCGAGUGCUUGCUAGGCAAUGCUGCAUCACUGGUCUCGUCUCAUCACCCGCUCAUCGAGCUUGUCAGGGAAGGAGCAGGCUCAAGCUCCUGUCUUUCGCCCGCUUACUCGAUGACGAGGACAGGCGGAGCUCGUGCUCAGUGUCCGUUUGUGCAAUAACGAGGAUAGGCGAAGCAUUGUAUCAUCGCUGUAGGCCAUGGGGCUGUGGGAUCCCAUUCUAUCACGACCGUCGCCCGAUAUAAGCACGUUGUACGAGUUCUUGGAGGAGAUCGGGCAUGGAGCAUCGUCGGUGGUGCGCGUGUGUCGGCACCUGGCGUCGGGGGAGAAGUUUGCGUGCAAGAGCAUUCUCAAGGACAACCUUCGCUGCGCCGCUGACGUCGCAGACGUCCGACGAGAGAUCGAGGUGUUGGAGCAGCUGGGCCACCACGCGCACAUCGUGCAGCUGCACGCCACCUUCGAGGACAUCUCGGCCGUCCAUCUCGUCAUGCAGCUGUGCCACGGCGGCGAGCUCUUCCACGAGAUCGUGCGCCGCGAGCGCUUCUCCGAGGCGGACGCCGCCGUCGUCUUCCGCCAGCUGGCGGAGGCGGUGGCGUUCUGCCACGCGCGCGGCGUGCUGCAUCGCGACCUGAAGCCCGAGAACAUCCUGCUGCUUCACCACGCGGGGGGGGAGGGGGAAGGGGGGGCGGAGGGCGGGGGAGGUGGGGAUGCGGGGGAGAGGGGCAGUGCGGCGGUGGCGGCGGUGGAGGAUUGGCAGCCGAGGGAGCAGAGGGACGACGAGGGGAACGACGGCAUGCUGUCGCCCCUCGAGCAGCGCUGGCUCGCGUCGUCCGUCACCCCUCCCGACCACUCCCCGCACAUCCCCCACUCCACCACCCCCCAUCCCGGCUCUCUGCUACGCCACUCCUCCCUCCCCUCCCCCUCUUCCUCCGCCUUCCCCACCUCCCCCCUCCACUGCCUCCCCACCAUUGCAGAUCCCGCCACAACCCCUCCAACAUCCCCUCCCCCUUCUGCCACCCCCACCGCCUGCCCACCCUCCCCCUCCCCUCCGCCCCCCCCACUGCACGUGAAGCUGGCGGAUUUCGGACUGGCGCUGCACCUGGGGCCGGGGGAGAGGGCGCAGGGCUUCGCGGGGAGCCCCUUCUACGUGGCGCCGGAGGUGUUGGCGCGGCGGUCCUAUGACACGUCAGCAGACAUGUGGAGUCUGGGCGUGGUGCUGUACUCGUUAUUAGCAGGCGACCUGCCGUUCGUGGGCGACACGGAGAAGAAGGUGUUCCGCGCGAUCACCAAGGGGCGGCUCAACCUGGACGCGCCCCCCUGGCCGUCCGUCUCCGCGCCCGCCAAGGCGCUCAUCCGCCGCCUGCUGGACCCCAGCCCCGCCUCCCGCCUCUCCGCGCCCCUCCUGCUGCAGCACCCCUGGCUCUCGCACACGCCCCUGCCUAAUUCGCCCGUGCUGCCCGUGCCGCAGCCUCAGGCCGCAAGCGAGGGUGAGAGAGCAGCAAUUGGCGUGAGCGCAGGGAGGGACGGGAGGGACGGGAGUGAGGGGCGGGCAGGCGGGGCAGCGAGGCCAGCGAGUGCCAGUGGGCGCGUGGCAGCGCUGCAGGUACCGGACCCACAGCACCCCGCACAGCAGGGCGACCCCCAGUCGCCACGCACGCCCUCCCCCCGCCCCUCCGCCCCACCUGUGUCCGCUGCUCGCUCUGCUGCGGCUGCUGCUGCGUCCGCGCUGAGGAGGGCCGCCAGGCACGCCGUGUCAGGCGGCGCUGCCGGGGGGGUGGGGGAGAGCGAUGGUCAAGGGGAUGGGGGGGGGGAGGUGAGCGGGGGACACAGUGGGGUGAGUGGGACGAGUGGGGCGGCAUGGGCGGCGAGGACAGGCAGCAGUGUGGGCGGCAGUGCGGGCGGCACGCCAAACAGUGCGGUGCGGAGCCUGGCAGCGGCGUUUGGCAGGAGCCCCGGGGCGAAGGCAGAUGGCGGUGCGAGCACAGGGCGAGCGGCAGGGCAGUCGGGGGGCGUGGGCAGCGGCACGAAGCGCAUUGUGAAGGCGCUGUUCCGCUCGCUCUCCUCCCUCGCCUCCGACUACCGCCGCGGCCGCUUCUCCGCCCUGGGGCUGGGGGGAGGUGCGGCAGGCGCGGCGGAGGGGGAAGGUGGGGGGAAGAAGGCGGGCGGUGGAGCUGACUGGAGCAGCGCCAGCGGGAGUGGCGGGGCGAGUGGUGGGAGAGCGAGCAGCAGGGAGCCGGGGUCGGGGUCUCGGGGGUCGGGGGGGAGCAGAGUGAAGGAGUGGGGCGGUGCCGCGGAGGGACGGGCGACAGGGCGGGCCAGCUUUAGCAGCAGCAGCAGCAGCGCGUGGGAGGGUAGCAUCAAGGGGGUUAGCAGCAACGUGGAGAAGACCAUUACCAGCACGAGCAGCAGCAGUAACAGGCCCAGCGCCCAGCCCCCGCGCAAGGGUGUGAGUGGUGUCACAAUCAGCGUUGUCGGUGUCACUAGCAGCGUGGGUGGUGUCACUAGCAGCGUGGGUGGUGUCACAAGCAGCGUGGGUGGUGUCACAAGCAGCGUGGGUGGUGUCACAAGCAGCGUGGGUGGUGUCACAAGCAGCGUGGGUGCUGGUGCAAGCAGCACCACUAAUGGCAGCAGCGCUAGUGAGAGCAGCAUCAGCGGUGGUGGCAACAGCGUCAAAGCUGUUAGUGAAGUGCAGAGCAAAGCCGGCAGCAGCAGUGGUGGCAGUGCUCCCAUACUUACAUCGCCAGCACUUGUCCCUUGUGUACCCUCGCUUGCCUCUGCUGAAUUCCCCCCCUCUCCCUUGCAUACAGCACGGCAUGCCACAACACAUGCUGCAGCAUCUGCCACAGCACAUGGUGCUCCUGUCCCCAUUAGGGCGCUUCCCGCUGCUCCGCCUACCAGCGAUUGCACUGGCGCUGCUGCUGGCAAUGGUGCCGGCCCUGGUGCUCAUUCUGGUGCUGGUGCUGACUCGGACAGUGCUGCUUGCGUGGCAAGUCAAGGAGCAGAAGGUGGAGUUGCAGCAGCAGAAGCAGAGGAAUUACGAGCAGACUGUGUGCAAGCGGAGGCAGCAGCCGUGCAGGGUGCAACAGAGGCAGGAGGCGGGGCGUUGCAGGGGGCUGGUGAGGUGUGUGAGGCGGUGGCAGGCCGCACAGGGGAUGAGGGUGGUGAGGCGGUGGCAGCAAAAGCGAGUGAUGCGGAAGAGGGUGCGCAAGGCAGCAGCGGCAGUAGUGGCAGCGGCAGCAGUGGUGACAUGCAUGGCAGCAUGGCGGGUGCAGGGGAUGGCAGUGGAACAGCAGCCUCUGGCAGCACACCAGCACCCACGCCCACGCCCGCGCCCGCGCCCACGCCCACGCCUGCUGCUGCUGCUCUGGAUGGUGCUACUCAGCAGGGCGAGGGCGAAACGAGGGGGCAGCAGAGCAAGGAGGCACCGAGAGAGGAGGCUGGCAGUGCGAGUGGUGAGGUGCAGAGGCAGAGCGAGGGCAGGGCGGUGGCGGCAGGCAGUGAACCAGAGGGCAGAGGGGAGAGCGUCACAGGGGAGAUGGAGGGGUGCUUGGAUGGGAUCACGGCGCUCGCUUCAGGGCAUUUGAGAGUCAAUGCACCGGCACCAGAUGACACCAGUGCAGCAGGCAAUGCUGCUGCAGACGCCAAUGGGGCUUUCAUACCAGCACCAGCAGCAGGAGCAGCAGCAGGAGCAGCCGCAGGUGCACCAGCAGCACCAGCAGCACCAACCGCAGGAGCAGCAGGAGCACCAGCAGCAGCACCAGCAGCAAAAGCAGGAUUUGGAGCAGAAGGAGCAGGAGCAGGAGCAGCAGUAGUUCCCACAGGGUGGUUGUCUCUGGAGGAUGUAAAGCUUGACCCAAAACUGCUGCUGCUGCCGCACACACGGCUGUCCCCACGCCGCCCCAUGCGGCGCAGCCUCAGCAGCAGCAGCAGCAGCCGCAGCAGGAAUGGCGAGGGAAGCAGCAGCAAGGAUAGUGAGGGCAGCAGCAGGGAGAGCAGAGGCGCGCUGAGGGCCGACCAGGGGCAGGAGAACGGGGAGGGAGACGGAAGAAUGGGAGGGAAGGGGGGAGUGGGGGGCAGCACAGGGCAUGUGGUGCAGGCGUGCUCACCGGCGCCCUUCAAAUGGCGGCCGCUGAAAGGCAGUCUGAGCAGCAGGAUGGGGUCCGGCAGGGGUGCUGCGCAUGUGGCUGACUGAGUCACUCAGCUCAGCAGCUGAGAGGCCACGCCCGCUGGCUGCUGCCUCAUAUGCAGGCAGCACACACGCACAGAGGGCGCAGGGAAGCAGGGGCGCAGGGACGCAGCAGCGUAUUUAAAGCACAUCCAGCAGUGUAGGUAUGCUGGCCGUGAGACCAUGGCGUGUAUUCGGUGGUGGGGCUCUCGUUCUCUCUAGAGCAGGCAGACAUGAGCAUGCCAUUCCACGCGGCAUGCCAUUCCACAGGGCAUGCCAUUCCCCGCGGCAUGCCAUUCCACGGCACGAGCACUUGCGAGUGUUCAUGCGGGCAGGAGAACAGGCACGCCUGCCGACGAGCAGCCGAGCAACAUUCCGUGAUGUAUAGGAAGGUGGCCAGUGGCCACAGCUGUAGGGAGAGCUACCCGCAGCCAAAUCAGCUAUCUAGUAGUUAUUCUUUCUCCAUUGCAAGCCUCUUAUCUGAGGUGGCACAUGAACACUGGAAAGAGGAAGAGGCCAAAAUGAAUUGUUACGGUAUUUUUGUUAAGAUGCAAACGUGAGGUUAACGA